AUGUCUACUUCCUCCCCAGCGCGCUUCUAUCUUUGCAUCGAUUGCGGUGGGACCAAAACUGCAGCUGUUAUAGCCUCUCAAUCUGGCGCGAUCCUCUCCCACGCACUCGCCGGUCCCUCUAAUUUCACUUACAUUGGUAUCGAAGCCUUCCUGCACGAAAUAUCCGCGGCUGUGGUCGCGGCCUUGAGAAUCGCGCUUUCCUUGCCUUCGUCCGCAAUCCCCCUGCCAACCUCUCUUCCGUUAAGCAUAGCCAAUCCAUCGCUCUACACUUUUUCCGCAGCCUGGUUAGGAAUAUCCGGCGUCGAUUCGCCCUCUGCGAUCACACGCUUGACGCCUGAAGUCUCGACGCUCCUCGGUGUGCCGGCCGGGCCCGCCCUGACGAUCACCAACGAUGUUUUUCUACUCGGUGCACCCCUCACAUUGCUCAAAGACGUGCAUAGUGCUGUCGCGUGCAUUGGCGGGACAGGCAGCAUCAUUGUCAGCUUCAAGCGGGGGCGAACUAAGAAGGGAAGAGAUACUGAGCUGCAGGAAGGUCCGUUAAGUGAGUUGGCGCGCGUUGGCGGGUGGGGAUGGAUUUUGGGUGAUGAAGGUGGCGGAUUCGACGUGGGACGUACAGCGAUAUGCACGCUUUUGAAGCUCCGUGAUGCUGCGUCCGCCGGAUAUGUUCUACCUGCAGCAGUGCCAGGAAAGCAGACGCUCCAGGAUCGCAUAUUCGAGCGGUUUGGGAUCAAUAACAUCUUGGACGUUUUGGAGGCUAUUCACAUGCCCGAUCCCGUGGUCGCGGCGGAGGAAGGCGACAUUCCAUCGAAGAAAGUGGACUUGCACGACUACGCUGCUUGUUCUCGGGAGAAGCGGCUCUCGGCUCUCUCUCCGCUAGUAUUCGCUGCGGCCUUUGAAGAUGACGAUCCGAUCGCGUUGCGAGUAUUGGAGGAGUGUGCGAGUAAAUUGGCAUCACAAAUCGCCGUGGUGUUGAAUGAUGGUGUCGAGAAUCAGCAGGGUAGUCGAACAGUGCCUGCAUCCGAAAGCGUAUUGUGUUUUGGCGGCUCACUAGUCAGCAUCGAGUCCUAUCGUAACUUGGUCCUGCACGCGCUGAAGCAGGGUGGCCAUAUCUUCAGGCAUGUUGAAGUCGUGGAUGAUGCCGCAGCAGCAGGAGCUCGUGGAUUAGUUGCUUCUUGGGAAGAAAUAUAA